AUGCCAGUUCGCGUCAACCAACGCGCUGUCGAAGCGCGGGAGCGAAAGGCUGCAGCAGCGGCAGCUAAGGCGGCAGCAGCAGAACAGGAAGCUGAGAGAAAACGAUGGGAAGACAAUGAUAAACUGGUAUCUCGCAAAUUAGACAGGAAAGCAGAGAGUCAAGCAAAAGCCGAGGAGCGCAUGCAGCGAAAGUUGGAGCUCCGGAAAUUAGCUGAGGAGGAGAUGAAGACUCUGGCGGGCAAUUCAACGAAGAAGAGCCAAUCGCCUGCGAAGCUCACGCGAGCGGAGAUCUUACAGCGGCAGUUGAGAGCUGCAGCGAUGGAAAAAGAGGCAUCAUCGCCGUCGGAUGAGGGCUCUAUGCCGCGGCUCGAACCGAACAUCAACCACAUAAUGAGGGCAGAGUCUUUGCAGGCGCAGCUCGAAGGCAAAGAUAUUGUUUCAGCUUCGAAUUUGGAUGAGGCUUUGAACCAGCUGGGAAUCGGGGAUAGCCCUGGAGAAGACAGGCACCCGGAGAGGCGAAUGAGAGCAGCUUACCGGGCUUACGAGGAGCAAAUGAUGCCGCGACUGAAGGCCGAAAACCCAACGCUCAAACGCUCUCAAUUGCUAGAGCUGCUAUCGAAGCAGUGGAAGAAGGCACCGGAGAACCCUUUGAACCAAGCGUGCUGA